UAAACUCGAUAUGUGUUAAUAGUACCCAUCACGAUUGCACUGAAUGUCUGAACCGUGUAAUUUUUAACAAUGGAAUAUUGAAAUUAAUCGCAAGUACGAAACUGUACUGGUCUUCCGUUAUUUCAAGAGUUUCACGAAUCGUUCGCUCUUCAGAUUAGUGCAAGUUGCUUGUUUGUCGUCGUCUUGAUGACCGCACAGCGAAAUGAUGCAGUUAAUGUCAUUAUUUCGGGUUUUAUUUUUCAUUUAUUUACUUGCUUGCGCGUACAGUGAAAGUGAAGUGGAAGAUGUGAAAAAAUAUGAAGACAAAAUAGAUGCAAUUUUUGUAAAACCUAAUGAAGCUGCCUUGGAAAUUUCUACGUCGUAUAGCGAGUCGGUACCUCUUAGUGCACCUUCACAUGAAGAUUGCCAGUGCGUGCCAUACUUUAAUUGCAAAGAAGUCGUGGAAGAUGGUGUAGGCGUCAUUGACAUACGUAUUGAAAAUUCGUGCAACUCCCUGGAACACUGUUGUGGUGCUGCCAAUACGACAACCGAGUCUAUUAUUUCAAAACCAGAACCGCACACACCGGGUCGUUGUGGUAGAAGAAAUGGCGAUGGUGUCGGUAUUCGUAUUACGGGAAUGGAAGAUAAUGAGACUCAGUUUGGGGAAUUUCCUUGGAUGGUAGCCGUGUUGGCAACGAAAAAGCAUAAAAAAUCCUUGGAGAAAACAGAAACAUACCAAUGUGGAGCUUCGCUAAUUCACCCUCAAGUUGUUUUAACAGCCGCUCAUUGCGUUUAUGAUAAAAAAAAUAAGUAUGGAAUUCGGGCGGGCGAGUGGGAUACGCACACCACCUACGAACUAUUUCCCCACCAAGAUCGAGAAAUUAAGGAAAUAAUCAUUCAUCCGAAGUACUACAAAGGGGGGUUGUUUUACGAUUUUGCGUUAUUGAUACUCGAUUCUCCCCUAGAGAUAACCGAUAAUGUAGACGUCGUUUGUUUACCCGACGAAACUAUGGUACCGGGGAAAACGUUUUGUUACGCCACGGGCUGGGGCCGGGAGGUAUUUUCAGGGGAUGGAAAAAAUCCCGCAAUAUUAAAAAAAGUUGAUUUACCCAUAGUUGAUAGAGACACUUGUCAAAAUCGCCUUAGGAGUACGCGACUGGGUUCCCGUUUUAAUCUGCAUGAGUCAUUUAUUUGCGCAGGUGGCGAGUUGGGCAAAGACACGUGCAAAGGAGAUGGAGGAAGUCCUCUCGUUUGCCCAUUAGAUGACGAAGAAGAUAGAUAUUAUCAAGCUGGAAUUGUUGCUUGGGGUAUAGAUUGCGGAAAAGAACAUGUUCCUGGCGUAUACGCUCAUGUUGCAAAAGCCAAGGGCUGGAUUGACGACGUGAUGGUCUCUCACAACUUUGAUACAUCUGUUUAUAAAUAUUAAAAAUAAACUACGUUACUCGCAAUCGUAA